CAUAUUGGUCUGUGCUUUUCUAGUUUUCUAUAAGCUUUAGAUUGUGUAUUGUGCUUCUAGUGAUUUCAUAUCAAAAAUGAAUGACAUAUUGAAACCAGAUUUAGUUUGGAUAGACGGAAGAUGUUACAGAGUGAAUGACUCCAAUUCGGAGAUUACUGCUUUUCAUGAGCAUGAUUUAUAUGAAAAUGAAGUGAAUUAUGACGGUGAAGGGGAUGAAGAUGAUGAAGAUGACUUGGAAAUAAUCUCAGAUGGUUCUAGAUAUAGUACGAGUUUCCAUGUUCCACAUCAAUACUUUGGCUAUAUUAUUGGAAAAAAGGGUGCAAUCAAAAGUAGAAUUGAAUCUGAUACAAGAACAGAUAUAAAAAUACCAAAACAAGGUCAGACUGGGGAUAUAAAAAUAUUUGGAUCAAAUGCUUCUAAUGUAAAAGCAGCAAAGAGAAGAAUUAAUAUUAUUGUUAUGUCAUCAAGGAUGAAACAGAAAUCAACACAUUUUAUCUCAGUGCCUAUGAAUAAUGCAGAUAUUAUAAAGAAUUUUGAACUUUUUAAGGAAAAUGUACUCCAGAAUUGCCAGAGUAAAGGAUUAGAAGAGAUUUUAUUUCAAAAUCCAACUAAGUUACAUCUUACCAUAGGAGUGAUGUGUUUAAUGGAUAAUGAAGAAAGAUUAAUUGCAUCGAAAUUGCUAAUGGAAGCCAAAGAGAAAGUCGUUAUGCCUCUUCUUAAAAGUUGCGCUUCUAUGAAGAUUAGAUUAAGAGGGCUAUCAUAUAUGAAUGAUGAGCCUAGUGCAAUAGAAGUAUUGUAUGCGCGUGUAGAAGAAGAGGACGGUCCCGUGAGUGUCCUACAACAGUUAGCUGACCGCCUGGCCGAUUACUUCUGUAAAGCUGGUUAUAUGCACAGAGAGUACGACCGUGACAACGUUAAACUUCACGUUACUUUGAUAAAUUCAAAGUAUAGGAGUAAGUCGUCGAAUGAUAUCAGAAAGCAAGUGACAAUGCCCUUUGAUGGUUCCGAAAUACUAAAAAGAUAUGCUCACUAUGACUUUGGUGUGACGACAAUUAAAGAGAUACACCUAUCACAACGUUUUACCAUGGGCAUCGAUGGUUAUUAUCAGCCUACUUGUAUAAUAUCCUGUGAUGAAUGAAUUCUUAAUAUAUAUUGUUGGUUUUUUAUUAGUUUGUAAAUAAAUACCGAUAUAGUUGAAAUAAAUGGUGUUAAAAAUAUA